AUGGCGCUUCUCAGGGCGCCAUUUUCUCUGCGCCCUGGGACGCCUGGGAUGCUGGUGCCUUCUCGCUUCAGCAUAAACCUGUCUGCUGCCAUCGCCUCCCCCCCUUUACCACCUACCGCUGCCGUCGCGUCGGCUCCAUCUUGCCUCAGAGCGUAUGCCAGCCAGGCAACAAUCGACAGGCCUGAUUUCUAUCAAGCAGCACAUGCACAAGGAAUCCCUCCCUCCCAGUUUAAGCGCGUCAUUACGAGGGAAAAGGACGUGCUGCUCUCAGGCCUUCCCACCACUGCCACGCCCGCCGACAUUCGCGCCUUGGCCCGCGAGUCCAAAACCGCCAACGACGUGGCCCGCAUCGAGUUCAUCUACACCAAAGCACUUCGUCCAAGUGGCAAAGCCCUCAUCUCCCUUUCCAGCCACGUUCGCGCUCGCGCAUUCGAAGCAGAUGCACACGGUCGUAUCGUAGGAGGCAGGAUGAUCAAUGCCGAUCUUCGCUCCACCGAUCAACGCAAGAGCUUCUUUCUCGCAGCGUACGGCAACUGGCCUGCGUCGUAUCAGAUCCCUUUUGAUCUUAUCGAAUACGAGGCUGGCAAGCUUGUCCUCCUGCGCAACAUCCCUAAAGAUACCUUUGAAGCGCGUCUAGAGGAACGUCUCGCCAAUCGCUACGACCUAAAGCCACAAGACCGAUGGCGCGCAAGGCGCACCUCUUACGCUGGAUACCUGCACGAUAGAAAGGGUUAUGGCGGCAGCCACGAAGCUGUGCUCGGCGGCGUGCUCAAACUCCCCAAGCUCCACGUCGAUGCCACCACCACCAACUUUAUUGUGCGUUGCCAAACCCAUUCAGAAGCCACGCGCCUCGUCAGAAGAUGGCACAACACCUACUUCGCCCCCGCAACCUUUGAUAUCCAGGACACCGGUGGACGCUAUCGCGUCUCGGCAUCCAUCCUCUACUGA